AUUAAACGUACGAUUCGUUCGUCUUAUAUAUAUACACACAUAUAUAUGCACAAACAUAAUAUGAGAGCAAAGCUUUCGCCGUUAAAUAACACCAGUGAUGAGACACGCAUGCGUACGUAGAAACGCGUGCAUAAGUAGAAAAGCGCGUACCCAGAAACUAUCUCAUAGAGCGACGUAGAAAUACUUUCUUCGCGUGCACGUACGUACGUUCUAUGUGUUUGUACGUUUAUUAUUAUAUUUGUACACAUACGUAGAUACGUAAUGCGCGCACUUUUAAAUACGUUUUUUCUUAUCAAGCGGUACACAAGGUCUACGCGUUUUCCUCGACGAGUUAAAAGCUAAUUCGACCCGUUAAUUUCGUCGACCCAACUCAUCUCAUUCGAGCCGCAUCCUUUCGAGUGCAACUUUUCCGUUUAAAAUAACUCGGCUUAACUCGAUUAUUUCUCAUUAGCUCAGCCGUCGGUGCAGUCAUUCUUUUGUUCUUAACUUUUGCACGAAGACACAGUAUUCCCUUCCUCUCGUGCGUUUCACGCUUUCUCCUGCCACCUAUAUCAUGGCUCAAGUUAAAGGUAUGCCAACAAUUACGUUCAACCUAGACAUACAUGUCCUACCAUAUAUAGUUGCAUUUUCGUAAUAUUCAUAAAGGAUAUACAUAUAGUACUGGCGAAGGUCGUCAUUUUCUUCCACCGACGAUGAUUCCAGUGAGCCUAAUAUAAGAACAUGGAUAGUGUCGGAUACGUGUCGAUGAGAGAAUAAGUGUGCCUCAUACAUGGACAGGUAUUUGCUCACGCCAGAAAAGUAGAACGAGAUCCGAUAAAUUGGAACAGUUACAUUGUACAAAAUGCCCCGUACAUCCUAUACGUAAGAGCUUAAAAGCUACAACGAAAUAGAAUAUCGGAUAAAAAGCGAAAUAUGGAGCUCGACGAUAGGCGUGGUCGUAAACUAUGGAGCCACCUACUUAUGUACGUAUUCGUAGCCAUAGCCGUAUUCGAAAUGUCGAUAUGAACUUUUGGUUUUAUCUCUCUGUCAUUUCAAUUGGACUAGCCAAUUUGAAUACUCGAUAAUAAGAAAUUUCGAACAUUUGAGCGAAAAGAGAAUUUGAUUCAACGUUUGCGCAACUGCGUUCACAAGAUUUGGAAGAGAAAAAACUAGUUAAUGAAAGAAGUAUUGUAUCCAGAAAAACUUGUAGCACAAACGGUAAAACGAAAUAAAAGAAGCAAAAUUCCGAAUUGGCAUAUCUAAAACGCAACAAGGGAGGAAAGCGAGUAAGUUCGACAAUUUGAGUCUUCGGCAAUAACGGUGGUGGUGGUGGCGGUGGGGUGGUGGCGGCGACGGCGGCGGCGGCGGCGGCGGCGGCAGCGAUGGCAGUGGCGACAGCGUCGUCGUCGUUGUCGGUGGCGUUGGCGUCGGAAGCAGCGCGCGGUUCUCGAGGCAAAGGCCUUCUUGGCGACCGGUAUUUCCGCGCGACGCGUGUCCUAGUACGCACGAUCAUCGUGGCUGUCACACGUUAUCGCACGUAUCGUACUCACAGUGUCGUUCCUUGUCAGAGGUCAAGGAGAACAUUUUGGCGGUAGAACGUAUAGGUGCGUGGCGCGCGCGCGCGCGCGCCCAAGAUAAAGGUACAGAGAGAGAGAGAGAGAGAGAGAGAGAGAGGAAGGAGCUCUCGAUGACCGCCGCUCCCGUUAUCGCGGUGGAUGUCAAAGGGCAACGUACGACCUGACUAGAGCCGUGCCAGGGCCGUGCCAGGGCCGAAGCAGGGAUAGCGUCGCGCUGGCGCGCGUCUCCUCCUUCGGGCGACGUCGCGACGUCCUCGAAGCAGAAGUAACUUGGACGGUUUUCCCUUCUCGUCAUCGCCGUUUUCGUCGUUACCACCAGCAUGGAUUGGCUUCGCAAACUCGGACCUAUUCUUCUCUUACUGGUCUUUGCUCUUGGCACCGAGGACUUUGUGAGGACAUUGGGAGAGAUCUCGAAGGACGUAACGUCACGAUGAACGAGAGAAAGCGGAAAUUUCGGGCUUUGGACGAUCGCUUUCGCGGAUGCGACGUAUCCGGCAAUUUGGCUAUUGUCGGGGAACGACGAUACCAUGAAUGCGGGUGCACGCAAAAGUAGAAGCGCUCAGGAUGCUGGAGCUUGUUAUACCGCAAUACGUUGUACGAGGACAGAACAUACGUCUCGAGUGUAGCUUUAGCCUGGACGGCGAAAUACUCUACUCGGUUAAGUGGUACAAGGAUGGCAACGAAUUUUAUCGAUACGUACCCAGGGAUAUGCCACCUGUAUUGGUUUUUCCACUUCCCGGCGUUACCGUCGACAUUCAUAACUCUACCGAAAGAUCGGUCGUUCUUUACUCCGUAAAUCUAAUGAGUUCUGGAAGAUACAGGUGCGAGGUUUCGGCGGAGGCACCUUCCUUUCAGACUGUAUCCGAUCAUUCCGAUAUGAUGGUAGUCGCCCUACCCGAGAACGGGCCUGUUAUCAUGGGUAGACCUGGCAGGCGUCGUUAUCAAGUGUCGGACGUCGUGCGAUUCAACUGCACGUCGGCCAAAUCGAAACCAGCCGCUAUGCUCAGUUGGUUCAUAAAUGGCGAGCCCGUCGAUCCACAAUACCUAAGAGGACCUCAUAUCACGGAGGUAGACCGCGAGGGUCUAGAGACCGCCGUACUUGGUCUGGAGUUUCGUCUGCGUACGAAACACUUCAAGAAGGGUGACAUGAAGAUCAAAUGCCUGGCGACGAUAGCGACCGUAUAUUGGAAAUCGAACGAGCUCAGUAUAGAGGGUGAAAGGCCCCUAAAGAUUCCGGUAAUGGAAAGUAGGGAGACAAGAGCGCAAGGCCACACACACGCGGAACACAUUUUGGCGAGUGGAACCGUCAAAUCCAUAGCAUCAUCUCUGUCGCUGCUAACCCUAGGAUUACUUAUAUUCCGGUAAGGUCAAAGGACUCUCCUCCUCCUUUGUCGCUCCUAAUAACGCAUCAGCGUGAAAUAAUCUAUCAAAUUAUCUACCUUGUUUAUAUUUUUUUAUCAUUCCACUUAGCGAAGCCUAGGGUCGCAUAAAGUGUCGCUUUUAAUUAAUUCAAGUGCAUACGCGUGUGCAUAUUAAAGAAUUCCGACGAGCGAGACCGAUCGUGGAUGAUCGACAUGCUCGAUAUUUUUACAAUGAACUAGGAGAUUUUAUUGAUAAAUGAUUUUCAACUGAUAGUCUCUCUAUCUCUUCGAUCCUCUUUUUUUCAUUUUUGUAUUUUCACUCGAUAAUACGCGCUUUUACCGGCAUCGAUCAGGAUGCAUGUCGUACGGCGAUGAUAUUAUUUUCAAUUCCAUGUAAAAACUCGUUAAUCAUUGGUAAUUUUGAUAUUCGGGGAAAAACAAAAAGGAAAAUAAAUUAGAUUGGCGUACGGACGAACGGACGAACGGACGAACGGACGAACGGACGAACGGACGAACGGACGAACGGACGAACGAACGAAUUAUCACCAUACAUAUCUAUGGAACGAAUCUAUGCAACUACUUAUUCGCAAUCGAUUUCUCAUUCAACUUGAUCGCGCUUGAUCGAUAUCUCGAACGUCGAAAAGA